AAAUUAAUCUGUGAAUAUGAAAUGUUUUAUGCCAGGCAUUUUCACGAUGUGGCUGUUUUUAACAACAACUUGUUUGAUUUGUGGAACUUUAAAUGCUGGUGGAUUUUUUGAUUUGGAAAAUGAAGUAAAUCCUGAAGUAUGGAUGAAUACUAGUGAAAUCAUAAGCUACAACGGCUAUCCCAGCGAAGAGUAUGAAGUCACCACCAAGGAUGGAUACAUACUCUGCAUCAACAGAAUUCCCCAUGGGAGAAGUCGGAAUGGGAACACAGAUCCCCGGCCCGUUGUGUACCUGCAGCAUGCCCUGUUUGCAGAUAACACCUAUUGGCUGGAGAAUUUCGCCAAUGGCAGCCUUGGAUUCCUUCUAGCAGAUGCAGGCUAUGAUGUGUGGAUGGGAAACAGUCGGGGGAAUACUUGGUCAAGAAGACACAAGACACUCUCAGCCAAUGAAGAGGCGUUUUGGGCCUUUAGUUUUGAUGAAAUGGCCAAAUAUGAUCUCCCAAGUAUAAUAGACUUCAUUGUAAAUAAAACUGGUCAAGAGAAGCUGCAUUUCAUUGGACAUUCACUUGGCACUACAAUAGGAUUUGUAGCCUUUUCCACCUUGCCUGAACUGGCACAAAGAAUAAAAAUGAAUUUUGCCUUGGGACCAGUGGUUUCAUUCAAAUAUCCCACAAGCAUUUUCACCAGUUUUUUUCGGCUUCCAAAUUCCAUAAUCAAGGCUCUUUUUGGUACCAAAGGUUUCUUUUUAGAAUUUAAGAAUGGGAAAAUCCCUUCUACUAAAAUCUGCAAUAAUAAAAUGCUAUGGAUGAUAUGUAGUACAUUUGUAUCCUUAUGGGCUGGAGCUAAUACAAAAAAUAUGAAUAUGAGUCGAAUGGAUGUGUAUAUGGCACAUGCUCCCACUGGAUCUUCAGUACAGAACAUUCUGCAUAUAAAACAGCUUUACAGAUCUGAUGAAUUCAGAGCUUAUGACUGGGGAAGUGAAGCUGAGAAUAUGCACCACUACAAUCAGAGCCAUCCCCCACUAUACGACUUGACAACCAUGAAUGUGCCUACUGCUAUUUGGGCUGGUGGUCAUGAUAUCCUUAUCACACCCAGGGAUGUGACCAGGAUACUUCCCCAAAUCAGGAAUCUUCGUUACUUCAAACUAAUUCCAGAUUGGAACCACUUUGAUUUUGUCUGGGGUCUUGAUGCUGCUCAACGGAUGUAUAGUAAAAUCAUAGCUUUAAUGAAGGAAUAUCACUAAAUGUGAUGUAUCUACUUUUCAGUUAAAAAUUGCUUGCAAGUCCAUUUAUUUCUUUCUGAAAAAAAAAAGUAGCGAUGAACUGCAAGGAUGCCCCAGCACUCUUGAUACUGUUUAAGGUCAUAUGAGUACUUCACUGCUUGUCAUGUAAUGCUGACUUAACAAUCUUUUACUUCUUUGAAACAUUAGAAAAUUUUAUGAAAAACUGACAAAUAAAAACAGUGCAAAAUUCAGCUAAAAUGGAAGCAGAAGUCAGAUUUAGUAUAUAAAUGUUAGCAAUGUUAUUCCUUCAUCCUAAAAGUAAUAGGAAAUCAUCCAAGAUUUUACCUAAAGGAAAUUUAGUACUGUCCUAUUCGGGAAAUAUCACCCAGACUGAUAGAAAAUGGAUGAGAAAGGAUUCUGGGAGAAAACUGAAUCUGACCAAGUUUCCUGAGGCAGAGUAAUCCCUUCCUGCUGUAU